GUAAUAGAACUAGUAGUAAUAGUAGUAAUCAUGAUAAUGAAAAAAAUAUCAAAGUCAUCCCUUUCUCGGAUUAGUAUAGCAAAAGGCCCCCCUGUCACUGUCCCUCCUGCUAACCAGCCUUCGCUGUGCUUCUGAAGACAUAUCCUUACCUCCUCCCCUACCCUCUCCUCCCUCGCCAGGGAAGUGGUGCUCAUCCUUCCGGAGUCGCCUGAACACCGAAGUGUCCGAUAUGCCCCCCUCCAGCGACCAGCGGCUUCUCAGCUCCAAGGUGCCCAUCUGUGUGUACACAUCAGUCAUCCCACGGGCCACGGAGCCCCUCCACUAUACCCAUAAGAUCCUGGACGCAGGCAUGGAAAACGCCGCCUCAGGGCGAGGCGACGCGACGAUGAACUCCAGCGACGGGGGAGUCCACACGCCUCUCUGCCCGAGGGACAGCAACACGCCUGAGCCCAAGGAAGAGCCGGGGUCGCUGGAGCUCGUCCCCUUGGAAGAGCUGACGACACCCCUGCAGCCCCCCUCCGCCCGUAGGUCCUCCAGGAGACACAGCAGGAGGAAGAACCACUCUGAUCAUCGGACUCGUAAGGCUCGACCAGAAAAUGGAAAUAUAGAAACCCAGAAAAGAUAAGAAAUGAAGUGCACAUAGAAGCUCGGAGGACUUGAGUCAAAACAUCUACCAAGCAGUCUACUAUUUAUUCAGCUCUGGUUAUACCAAAUAUAAAAUCCCAAGAUAUUACCAUUUUGGUGGUGUUUUUUUAUCAAAUGUAAAUUCCUACAUUAUGUCUAGAUUAAGAUAUUUUAUUAUUUUCAGUAAAUUAUGUGAAUUACAUUCCUAUCAUGUUAUAUGCUGUGUUUAAGCAAUGUAUGUGUGCCAAUGUAUAUGUAACUGCAUAUUUAUCUACAAAGACUGGCAUAAAAGAGACAGUGUGAGAGAAAAUAGCAAAUAUAAAUAUUUUAAAGUGAGUGUAUACAGAAUUCAAAACUUUUACUGCUUUCAUGGAUCUAAAUUAGCACCCCUUCUCUUCUCUCAUAAUUGGCAUCCUCACUACAGCUUUUGCAUCUCUGUGUAUUUCAGGUAUCCUACUUUGAAAAGAAAGGAUAUCUAUGGGCAACAACUCAGCAAUGUGGAAUAUUUAUAAGUCUUCUCCAGCCUCUAUCUUCCUUCUUUCACUCAUCAUAUAAGAUUUCAUAAUAUCAGUGCAUUAAAAAUGGCAAUCUUAAUACAGUUUCUUUAGAUACAUAUAACUAUUCUUCCUCCAUAAAGAAAGUGAUCUUUCUAGUCAAUAUACAGUAUUAGUAUACAAUAAAGGCAGUAUGCAGCAGCUCUUUCAGCAUAAACUAGAAGGCAAAUGUCAAAUAAGACUUUCUUUCUCAGAGAAACCUAAAAAAUGAAGACAGUUUUAGUCCUUAGCCUAAACAUGCUAAAUAGACUUCUUUAACAAGAAGUAUUUCAUAAUAUGUACCACAUAAGAAACAAGACAUUGAUACUGUAACACUGACUGCUUUAUUCAAGUUAGAAAAGCAUUAUAUAUAACUGGGAUGUGUUAUGCUCAAUUUCAUCCAGGCACAUGAAUUCUUUUUCCAUGUAACUAAAUUUCAAAUAACAUCAAUAGUCUCUGCCAUCUCUGCAUGGCAACAAACCCUCCAAGCACAAGAACUCAUGACUAUACAAAAAGUACAUGUUGAAGGCAGCCAUAUCUAGAAUUAUCAUAAUGUAAUUUACUACUGAAGAAAGUUGUUGUAAUGUUGUAUCAUACCAAUCAGUUUUGCAAUUGGCUAAAUCACAUGUAAGAAUCUCCACUGCAUUAAUGUAUCAUGUAAGUUAUGUUUUUUUGUCUCUGAUAUUUGUUUGAAUACUGAAAAGAUUAUAAGUUCAGAGCUUUCACAUCACAGAAAUGUUCUUGAUAUAAAAUAUAGCAGUAGAAUAAAAAUUCUGCAAAAAGAAUAGGCUACAUAACCCUUUCAAAUUCUACUGUUGCAAAUUCUGAUUAAUUUGUGCAAGACUAAUUUAGCUUAAAGAUUUUAAGUUGUCUCACAGAUAAGUUAGCCUAUUAAGGUAUCACAAUUUUCUUACCUUACUUAGUAAAAGGCCAUUUAUUUUCCUCUUCAGAUUCAAUUCUUGGCAAUUUUACUUUCAUAACAGAUAUAACCUUCUUUAAUAUUUCUAUGGAAAAUAUGGCUUUGAACCCUUGGAAACGCAUAAAUAAAAUGAAAGGCCUUCACAACUUGAGACAGAGCCAAGCACAGGCUUCUCAUCUAACCUCACCCCAAUGCCCAAACCUGAAGUUAGGACACUGUACAAUAACUAAAUGCAAACUUCUGAUGUGUACAAUGAAAGUUCCAUAGCAAUUAAGCCUCUUUGAUGAAUGAAUGGUCCCCAUAUUUUACUGUACUUUUCUGAACAGACUAUACAACACUGCCUGUAACAUAAUCCAUUCAUCAUACCUACUAAACAAUAAAAUACUGGAAACUAAAUGUAUGUGUAAAUAUAUGUGAGAUGUGAUUAAUCUUUCAAAAAAGCACCUUUGUUUUUCAUUUCUGGUCUUGUCAGAAGACCCAUAUUAAACUAUGAAUAAAGAAUGGUGCAAUGCAAUCAACUAUCAAUAUAUUUUUUCUCUGUGACUUAGAAUGGAAUAGAUGUAUUAGGGUCUGCUAUUGCAUUAAAACAAAGAUUUGUGAAUGUGAAAUGUUUGUACUGGGUAUAUGUACUGUCUUACUAAUACAUCAAUAAGUAUUAAAAAAAGCAUCAUAUCAUGUUGGUAAUUGUGUACAAUAAUUUUUUCCCAGUAUUGAUUUUAAUGUAUAAGACACAUGUAUCACUCCUAAGUAAAAAAAAAUCUGUAACCUUAAUCUUACAGAAUAUUCAAAAUGUGCUCAAAGUUUUUUUUUUUAUUAACUUCCAUCUAUUUCUGUAUUAUUACACACUACAAGAGUUUUGUUGCAUUUUUUAAAAUAUGUUAUAUAAUUUACAUCAGUGUUAUGUAUAUCAACAAAGAUAUGUAUAUCUAUGAGUGUGACUAUAAAACUAAAUGUAUAUGUUACCGUGUGUGUGAAAAAUCAAGACUACUAAAAUAAAUGGUGGACAUAUCUUGCA